GGCGUGAAAAAAAAAAAUCCCCGUCCCUAGUUUGUUGACGUUGUUAACAACAGUGGCGGCGAGUUUAAACUCCGAAAAUGAACAGCGAGAUCUCGAGCUGUGAUUUAGACAUAAAAGUUGAAAUAUUGAAAAGGAAGUAUUUAGAGAGGAGAAGUCGGCUUUCUGCUACAGAAGAAGCCCAAGUGAGUGGAAAAUGUGGAGACGAUGUGGAAAAGUGUUCUGCUGUCCCGGGGCUGGAGGAAGUGAAAACAUCACGGCGAGAGAUGAGGAACUACAGCCGAGCUCUGGAGGAGCUUCUCCAUGUCGUCUCACAGCAGCCUGAAUGCAGGCUGGUCCGUGACGAGAGCGCUCUGAGCAGCGAAGGUGAGCUCAGUGACCGGACCGAGGCUGUGGACCAUACCAACAUCCUGUGUACAGAGACGGAUGUGACGCUGCCCUCGAACCUAGCAUGUACUUCUGGUUCGUUUGAGACAGAGCCAACGUGGUUCGGAUCAGGAGGGGGGCGGAGGAGCCCAGCGCAUAUCCAAGUGUACCACGAGAUGAUCCAGAUUUACGAAAAACUGCAGGUGCGAGCAGCUGAGCUGUGUGAGCGUGAACGUGAGCUCCAGCAGAGAGAGAAGCUUCUCCUGAAGCACCAGAGCACCAUGAACAGACUUCUCACUGUGGAGGAAGACGUACUAGAUCGUAUUAAUGCCAUGCAACAGCAACACCAGCAGGAGAUGAAGAAUCUUAGGGCUGCUCUGAGAGAAAAGACCAAAGAGAACAAAAGGAUUAAAUCUAGUUUUGAUUCCAUCAAGGAGCUUAAUGACACCAUGAAAAAACAGUUGAGUGAAGUAAGUGAACAGAACACAAGGCUGGAGAACAAAUCACAGAAAGUUCAAGCUCGACUAGACAACCUGCAGAGAAAGCACGAAUACUCAGGAGCACACAGAGGGUGGGAAAACGUGCUGAAGUCACAUGAUCUCAAACCCUCCAAUCAGGACAAACCUCCACCUCCCAACAAAGCUAGCAAGAGGUCCACCAGUACGUCACUGAAGCUGCUGUCAUAUGUGAUGGAGUGGCUGCUGGACGGGCCGAUGUUCACCUCUGAAGACGAGAAAACACAGGGCGAGUUCGACCCGUAUGGGGUUCCACGUCCCUCCCUGCAUGAACGCUGUGCCAAGGUUCUUCCUGCAUUGCUAGAGCAGUUCCAGGAAGCCGAGGCCUUCCUUCAUCCACCGCUCCUGCGCUUCAUCUACUGCGCCAUCACCCAGCUGGAGCACAGCACACAGCAUCUCCCUUUGACCUCAACGUUGAGGAGAUUAGGAGAGGAAGUGAACCGAAAAUCUCCUCCACUUAUCAGAAGCUCCUGCCCUCACACUCGCUUCUUAUCCUCCAUCAUCAUCCUCAAAACACUCAGUCAGGUGGAUGUCUUGGCUCAGGCCCUCGACGUUGUGCACGGCAUCGUGAGAGACGACGAGGGGCGUGGCCUCUUCCUGAAGUACAAGGCCCUGACGGCCAUUCUAUCUCUGCUGAGGACAGGAAGUCCGGGACUGCUCUCUCCGUUGCUGGAUAUCCUGCUUCAGAUGAGUGCAAAGUCAUGUCAUCUUCCUGCUUUCCUGGAAGCGUGUAGCACAGAUCAGUUCUUCCGUUGUGCUGCUGUACUUCUCCGAAACCCAAGGCUGGACCUGGCCAUCAGCGAGAAGAUUAGCGUUCUCCUGCAGAAGCUCUCCUGUAUCAGAAAGAACCGCCGUCUGUUCGAAGCGUCCUCACUGCACCUGCUCCUACAGGAAACACAGCGCUCAGCCGAUCCGUCUCGAGCCUACAUCAACAUCAACAUCAGCUCCAUCCUGUUUAAUCUGGGCGUGGCCUCACACUCCUGACACGCCCACUCCAAACACUAUGAACACUCUACAGAACCACUCAUAAACAUGGUGUUCAGUCAUGAUACUCUCUUUGUGUAGGGAUUAUUUAUUGUGUACACUCUGAGGAUGUAUAAUCCUCAGAUCAUCAUCAUGCAGUGCUUUAUAAAUCAACUCCUAAAUUAUUCAUUCUUAUUUAUUCCACUUUAUUAUAAUGUGUUAUGGUGGUAAUUAAUUAUUCCUACUUCAGAAAAUGUAUUUAAUGUCAUGCUUCAUUUAUACACACGCUGAUGGUGGACAGAACACACACACAUCAUCAUUGUCUCUUGUGGCCGGAGCCUCUGUGGCCUCAGCUGCCUCCCUGAGAGUGAUUUUUCAGCAUGUUGGUACUAAUCCCAUGAUUCGGUUAUACUUACGCUGAUUUAGAACGACGUUUCAUUUUCCAAGGCACAAGAGAACGUGCCAGAUAUUUGUACAUUUGGCCUGUGUUUGUAAAUCUGUGGUUUUGAGCGAGCUCCUUUACUUCUUGUGGGUUUUAACUGAUUUAAAUUGUUUGUGACUGAAUAAAAUAUUUGUUACUGA